UAAUGGCAAAUUGCAUUUUUAAAUAGCGAAGGUACCAACCAAUACUGCAAACUUUAUCGCAAAAAGAGAAAAUAUACUCCCCGACAGUGUUGCCAGCAGCAAACUGUUUGAAAGACCGAGAGCGAAGGCGGAAUUUUGGUAUUUUUCUGCCUAAGAAGAGACAGGCACACUUGGCCGUAAAGAGCGUACAUUGGAAAAAAAUAAACUACAACACAACCAUUAAUUAAACUAGGAAAGCGCUGCGUUACAUCAAUUGAGAAAGCCGAAAGCGGGUUAUUACUGAACCCGGAAGCACCGAGAUCCGGUGUCCGGAGGCGGCAGACUUGGUUGCGCCAAGGAAAACGGAGAUUUUCCGCCUGCAGCCGAGAGAAAUUGAUGCUCCCGGCAGAAGAAUUUCGCCCAGAAAAUAGUCGCCCGGAAAUAAAUCACAAUAGUUCCUGUUCCUGCUUUCAAAAUGCCAGCGGAAGAGUGGCCACAGUGAGGCCUCCGUGGCGUGAAUUUCGCAGUAUCUCCUUUACAGUCUUUUGCACAGAGCAUGGAAAGCACGGAUAGCAGUGACAGCAGUGGGGACAGUUCAAAAUCCAUUCCCCGGCCAGACUUUGAGGCCCUAUCCGCCAUCGACAGCCCCCAGCCGCAGUUGCAGUUGCAGAGCUCUUCGCUGGAUGGGCAAAUCGAGAUGGAGUCGGUUAUCGUGCCCAGCAAGCGCCAGAAGUACGUGGUCAGUGCUCCGCCGGGUUCGGCCAACGGCAGCAACCACUCCUCCAGUUCGAGUCCCUCGAACGCCAACGUGGGCUCCUCGCUCACCAUGAAGCUGACGAAAGUGCAGCCGCAACAGCAAGUAGCAGCGGCCCGCUCCUCCACGCCCAACAACAAGGCCAAGGUGGCCAAGGAGAUGCUUGCCCUGCAGCGCUCCCACAUCGAGUCCGAGGUUCUGAGCAACUUUGUGACCGGAGUUGGCAAGCUAAAGCGCCGCAAGUCGCGCCAUGCUCCCGGAAAUCUCGCUACUCAGGCAUCAGGCGGAGAGCUGUCCCGUAGUUUAAAUGCAACCUCAAAAAACACAGGAAAAUCUCUUAAGGUGGCUCUGAAGCGGAGCAAGAGCAUUCCCGCUCCCAUCUUGGACUCAGACGACGACUGGCAGGAUGAGGAUAUCGACAGGGGCAUCAAGAUCUGCAGGCCGCGAGGACGCUCGAUGGCCUGUGACGAUGGCGAGCGGUUGGCUGAGCUGAAUGUGGAGGACAGCAACAGCAAUCCUAUGGAACCAAUGCUCACCCGCUGCCGAUCCCGCAGCAAAACCCUCUCAUUGAGCAACAGCUGGAGCAACGAGGAGAAAGCGCCAAGGCGAAGUAAUUUACGCAGCGAGAACGAGGAGUUCGCCAAGAAACACAAUGCUUUUCUUGAUCGCAUCAUCCAAGAUGACCAGGAAUCGGAGCUGACGCUAAACAUAUCCGGCGAGGGCGAUGGCGAUGGCGACGCGGACUUGGAGUGGCCCAGCAGCGAGCUGGAGGUCAACAGCUCACUCUUCUCAGCCAAAACCCAGGAGGAGGAGGCGGCCGAGCGAUUGCGUCUCAUUUGGCAAGAGCCACCAAUGCCUGGCUGGGACCCUUUCUGCUGGAAGUGCCGGGAGUGCGGAAAGCUGAUGCCCUGCUCCAAGUGCCUGCGCUCCUUCCACACAUACUGCGUGCGACCCGCCACCACCAAGUUCGAUUCCUCCUGGAAGUGCCCCGAAUGUCAGGUGAUCGAGGCAGCGCCCAAGAGGCUGCGGCGCAAUGGUGUUUCCGUGGAUCUGCUGAGCCAGCUGCUCUCCUUCGCCCUGGACCGCAUGAAGCAUGUGCGCGGGGCCCACAAGCUGCGUUCGCCGCAAGAAGUCUUCCCGCUGACGUACAAGAAGUACUUUGUGAACCCGGUGAGCUUCGACAGUCUGGCGCAUAGCAUCCGUAGUGGAGCUUUUCAGAGCACCGAGGAGUUCCUCUGCGAGGUCAAGUGGAUUCAACACAACGCUCUUAUCCUGGACGCCGGUGAUGGCAAAGUGGAACAGGCCUCAAAGGCCGUAGUGAAAGUGUGCCGGCAGGAGGCCAACGAGAUCGACACCUGUCCCGAAUGCUACCUGAAUGCCAACUCCAGCGACGAGUGGUUUGUGAAGGUGUGCCGGCAUCCGCAUCUCCUGCUCUGGGCCAAACUGAAGGGAUUUCCCUACUGGCCCGCCAAGGCAAUGGGCUCAUCCACUUCAGCGCUGGUGAAUGUUCGCUUCUUUGGCAAACACGAUCGAGCUUUUGUGCCCGUUAAAGACUGCUUUCUGUACUCGGCUCAGAAUCCGAACACACAAACCAGCAGGAGAUCGGCAAGGGACUUGGCUGAAUGUAUUCGGGAGGUGGAGGUCCACAUCGAGCACAUUAAGCGGAAGAUUGGCGCCUUCAAUUACGCCGCCUACCGCACCGCCUUCGAUCCGCUGGAGGAGCAACGGCAGCUGGAACAGAUGAUGCCCGGCGUGUAUGCGGCCAUCGAUCGGGAACUUGAGCCAGCCAACAAAACGCCGCUGCAGUUUCUUAUCCGCAAGACGGCGGGCGAUAAGCUGUCCAUAGUAAAGAAGACCAAGACCACGGAGUCAGGUAACGAGUCAGAUCAGUCGCCCAGCCCCUCGAAAAAGCUUCCGGAGGCGGACAAUGAUACCGGAGUAUGCUCGGGAUCCAGCGAGCAUUCAAAACUCAAGAGCAAUAACUAUGAGGUUAUAUCUAGAUCAGGCGAAUCUCUGACCGACUCUCGAUGCAAAGUGCUGCUCAAACGGAAAUCUCUGGCUGCUAAAACAGUUUUGGAGAUUGUGGAAGCUCCGGCGGAUGCGGUAGCCCCCAAACGAAAACAUUCACUGAGUGAUGCCAGUUUUACCAGCGAAACCAGCGACCACAAACGGAAGUCAAAGCAUGCCAGGAAACUACAAGAUCAGGAUAGGCCAAUUGGAGGGCAAGAAAAUACGGUAAAUGAACUGUCCGAAUCUUCGAAAAUUUCGGCACAGGAAGAGGAAUCACAAAAAGCAGAUGCAGCCAAAGAAUCUUCUGCAAAAGAAACUGCUAACACUUUCACAGGAGCUUCAUCUGCCUCUGUUGUUUCUGUGGUGGAAUUGGUAAAGCGUCGCCAGGGCGUUACCAUCACCAAAAUACCACGCGAGCAGCAACAGACGGCAGUGUCAGAAAACCUGGCUGUGGUCGCCGUACCUGCUCCAACUGCUCUCCCUCCAACAGCUACACCUCCUCCACCUCCGACAUCGGUAACCAAGCAAAUUACACCAAAACGAACAGAAACAACGAACCCAAAACAAUCCGAGGUUGAGAAACAGCAGCAGCAGCUGAUCAAGAAAGUUAUUCCAUUUAUAGAAAUAAAAACGGAAGUCAUGUCGGAACCCGAAGACGGGGAAAUGGAGUCUAUGCUUUCGGCUACACAACCUCUAACUGAGCAACUCCCUUUGCAACUGGAGCUGAAUGAGAGGAUAAGAAUCCAGCAGGAACAGGCCUCUGAUCCCACCCCCCCGCCAGUGGAACAUCCACCUCCUGAGUUAGUCAAAAUCAAGCAGGAGAUUCUUAGUGAAGAUGAAAUGGAAACAGAUCAGAAUCAGACCAAUUUUAGUCAGAGAUUUGAAGCAAUGCCUCCCAUGCCCCUGCCUAUGCCCCCGCCUCCGCCUUUGCCACUACGAGAAGAAACACCCGCCACAAAUGACCUGGUUCGAUUUGUGGGCGAAACCACCAUCCAGAGGGUGAGCCAGAAACAGUUAGUUAAGUCAACGGACACAGCCGGAAAACGAAAGGCCGUGCAACAUAAUGUCCCGCCAGCUGCCCCCUUCGCAACGCCCUCUCCUGCUCAUUCGCCAGUCCAGGCAUCCGCCCCUUCACCUUCGGCAUCUCCAAAGCCAACUAUCCCGUUUCCGGGCAGCAAGCCACCAUUGCAGGGAAAUUUAUUAAAGGGAAAGUCACCUUCACAACAGUCAUCCCGGGCUAAAGCCGACCGUGUGCCUAAUCCAUCCUCCCCACCAGGAACUGCACCUGCCACCAGCACCACGUCGUCUUUGCUUCGAUCCAACAUGGUGGUGAUUCCAGUGGAGCAGGCAGGCAUCUGCAAUCCGCACAGUCCCAUGACGAUCCCGGUGCCACCCUUGAGAGCCGUUUCCAAAAGCACGCUACAAAAUAAUUCAACGCUACCAACGCCCUCUUCCGUUGCGUCUACUUUCCAACCCGUUAGCUCCGUGUCUGUGCCACCGCCGUUGGCUGGCUUGAGUAUUCCUCAAAUGGCCAACGCCGCAUCACAAGAACUACCGGCAAACAGUGGAGAGCCGGUUGGUCUGCUGGCCACCGCUUUGAACGGAUUGACGACCGAAUCUAUCCCCAGUGAGUCCAUGCCCAAUGAGCCCAUAACUCCGGGCUUGGCUACGUCUUGGAGUGAGUUGCUGCUGCGCUCCGGUGCACCAAAGUUGGUGGCUCGUCCCUGCGGGCCACUCCGGUCAGAUGGUUCCCAGAUCUAUCCCUCUCAAGCUGGGCCCGUCUCGCAAAAACUAAAGGAGAAUGCUCACAAGAUCACGGACUACUUCAUCUCCGUCAUAGAAGACACGCUCAGCGACAUGGCCACUGGAGACCAAAGCGUCCUGCAGGCCCGAAUCGCCGGUCUGUCACUAGAAAACGAGCGACUGAAGCAGCACUACGACCGCCAGAUGAACGACCUGCAGCGCACUAGCGAACUCAUGAUCGCCGAAAUGCGCAAGACACUAGAGCAGGAGCACAAGCGCGUGAUCAGCGAUCUGCGUCAGCAAAACGCCCUUGAGCGGAUGAGGGCGGUGGACGAGGCGAAGAAGAAGCAGUGGUGCGCAAAUUGCAUGCGAGAGGCACAACUGUACUGCUGCUGGAACACCUCUUACUGCGAUUAUCCCUGCCAGCAGAUGCACUGGCCCAGACACUCGGCCACCUGUGGUCAGGCUGUCCAGGUGCCGCUGGCCACUCCAGUUCCUCCUGCAGCCUGCGGUCCGCUAAUUGAUCCUGGCCGAUCCAAAUCCAAGGCAGCGAUGUCAACAGCAGCACCACCAACACCCAGCCCCAGUCCCAGCUCGCAAAUAAUUCGAACGGCGUCCGCCUGUCCACCUGCUGCUCCUGUUGCCAGCGUAACAAGCUCCAAAAAGUGGCCGCCCAUGAUGACAUUAAUAAAUCAAACGAAUCCGGAGGCAGUGCUGAAGCUACCCGCCACCACAUAUCUGCGGCCAGUGGUCAGCACGACGAUGACAGCUACGGUCACGGCUGCACCACCUGUGAAUAACAACAGCAACAACAUGAACGUAAUAAUGACCGCCGCACCAUCGACGGGAAACCAAAUCGCCAAUCUCAUGCCCGCCCAUCGGAAUCUCCCUAACUUCAACCCCAAACCCGCCAGCCAGACGAUUCCCGUGCAGCGCUUUAAUAUACCCUUACCCAUCACCGUGAAUACGAACGCGGCCUUUCUAAUCUCCGAUCAGCAUCAGAAGCAGGUACCAAAGGGAUCUGUUCGCAAUUCUGGUAAAAACAACAGCCGAAUGCGCCAUAAUUACAGCAGCAAUACCAGCAACAGCAAUCCGCAGGGUUUGCGCCAGAAUCAAAUGAAUCAAGUGUUCCACCCGUAAAGAAAGACUGCCUGUAAUUCAGGAUAUAGAUUGUUUGAUAUUCCGGAGAAACUCAGAAACAGAUUAAUUGAAUUGUCCGAUCACUGAUCAGCAACUUAAACUUUUCAUAUUUAACUUAAUUUCCUCGAGCGCAGCUAUUAACGGUGAUUUGCUUUAAAAGUAAGAGACCCACAAAUUAAAUGCCGCUGAAAGACGAAAGUGUAAAGUAAUAAUACCAUUUUAUAAUUAGGUUAAGGAUAUAGAAUAUGAUGUAUGUUAUUGUAGUUUCGUUGGUUUUACUGUAACUUAACGGCCUAGUAAGUAAGAACGACUGUGCAGCCAUGAGAUGGACUUUUGCUUGAACGUAGCGACUAGCAGUCUAUAAGGUCAUCCCACUUCUCAUCUAAAGCAUUCUGUAAAUUGUUUCUAUCAUAUAUAUUACAUACAUGUUAUGUAUAUUUAAAUAAAAAAACAUACUUUUAAAACGUA